AUGGCGGAGGAACUAAGAGUGCACAAUGCAUCCCUUCAACGAGAAUUUGAUCAAUUAAUAAGAGCUGCGUCUUUGCAAGGAGCUCCUCAGGCUUUGCAGAGUUUGUCACUUGAAGAAGGAUUGAUGCACCUUGGUUUCACUGCUUGUGGUUCAGCUGCUGCAUGGAGACUUCACUAUUAUCAGUGGGCAAUGCAGAUGUUUGAGCAAUAUAAUAUGUAUGAAGCUGCUUGCCAAUUUGCUCUUGCUGCACUUGAGCAAGUUGAUGAAGCUUUGGCUCCUAAAGAUGGCCUGCUCGAGGCAGAUUUUGUUAAUGAGUCAGCAACUUCUGUGAAAGGACGAUUUUGGGCAAAUGUGUUCAAGUUUACCUUGGAUCUUGGUUAUUACUAUGAUGCGUAUUGUGCAAUAAUUUCUAACCCAGAUGAAGAAAGCAAGAAUAUUUGUUUGAGGCGUUUCAUUAUCGUUCUAUUUGAGCGUGGUGCUGUAAAGAUUCUUUGUGAUGGUCAACUACCUUUUAUUGGUUUAGUAAAGAAGGUAGAGCGAGAGCUUGCUUGGAAGGCGGAGCGCUCAGAUGUUUUAGCAAAACCAAACCCAUUAAAACUGCUUUAUGCAUUUGAGACUCACAGACAUAAUUGGCGAAGGGCAGCAAGUUACAUUUAUUUGCAUUCAGCACGAUUGCGAACAGAAGCAGCCUCAAGAGAUCACCAGCGCCGGUCCACAAGUCUGCAAGAGAGGCUGGAUGGGCUAUCUGCUGCUAUUAAUGCACUACAACUUGUUGAUCCUGCAUAUGCUUGGAUUGACCCUUUACUUGAAGAAACCUCUCUUCACAAAGAAAGUUAUCCAAGUAAAAAGGCUAAAAUAUCAGUGCAAGAACAGUCUGCUGGCAAUGAUGCUCAGCCUCAGAGGCUGCUGUCUUAUGUAGAUAUUGAGAAACUUGACAAUGAAUUUGUGUUGACAUCUGCAGAAUAUUUGCUCUCAUUGGCAAAUGUAAAGUGGACAUUUACUGGGAAUGAGAUGCCUCCACCAGAGUUAGUUGACCUAUUGGUCCAGUCAAAUUUGUUUGACAUGGUCUUCACAGUUCUUCUAAAAUUUUGGAAGGGCUCAGGAUUGAAUAGGGAACUGGAAAGAAUCUUUGUUGCAAUAGCAUUGAAAUGCUGUCCCAGCAGUGUAGGUCCCUUACCAGUUCGGAAUGAUCAUAGAGUGCAUGGUCUUCUUCUGAAAUCAUCACAGGAUGAAGUGACUGUUCAUAGUUCACUUGAUGUGGAUCCUUCAACACAACCACCCAAGUGGAAUAGCCAGUUGGAAACACUUGAACGCUAUCUUGUUCGUAUUUCUAUCUUCCUCUGUUAA